UUUUCACUUAUUUUCAUGCGUUUGCAAUAUGUCAAGCGUCGACCCAUUUUCCGACUAAUUUUCAUCAUCUUUUGUCUUCCGCAGUUGGAAAACAUCGGCAAUUUUGUCCGUGCCAUCACAGAGUACGGCCUGAAACCUCACGACAUCUUUGAGGCCAACGACUUGUUUGAGAAUGUCAACCAUACUCAGGUCCAGUCCACUCUCAUCGCUCUGGCAGGAAUGGCCAAGUCGAAAGGGUUCCACUCCAAGUACGACAUCGGGGUCAAGUAUGCUGAGAAGCAGCAGCGUCGCUUUGCUCCAGAGAAGCUCAGGGAGGGACGCAACAUCAUCGGCUUGCAGAUGGGCACCAAUAAGCUUGCCAGUCAAAAAGGGAUGACCUCCUAUGGCACAAGACGCCACCUGUAUGACUCCAGGAUGGGCAUGGACAACCCGAUGGACCAGUCCACCAUCAGUCUACAGAUGGGCACGAACAAAGGAGCCAACCAGUCCGGUAUGACGGCGCCUGGAACAAGGAGGCACAUCUUUGACAAGAAGCUGGAGCUGGAGAACUGUGACACCACCACUAUAUCACUGCAGAUGGGCACCAACAAAGUGGCCUCGCAGCAGGGCAUGACCACUUACGGCCUCCCCCGCCAGGUCUACGACAACAAGUACUGCACCAACCCCGCCGAGACCUACUACAACAACGGAAGCGAGGCCGACUUUGAUGGCUACAACCAGUACUCUGACUAAGAAAACCACAAGCAGCCUCAAACGCCCCCCCCCACCCCACCCAACCCCACUUCUUUGCUAAACCUUAGAAAAACAACCACAACUUUGUGAUGAGCAACCCCAUCCCCCAGACUGUUAUUUAAACACCGAUUCGAUGUCAUUGUUGCCUCCAGUCUCGGUCUUUUCCUUAACAUUUUUUUUUUUUUUUUACUCUUGGGAAAUGUUUGUCUUUCCAUGAGUAUAACAAUAGUGUUUACUUUACGUCCUAACUUUAAUCCUGUAUUGGAGCCCACUUCUGUAUUACAUCCUAAACAUAUUUAAUCACUACAAGAGUGAUCCAGACACUCAAGAGGUUGAUAUUCAAUAUCUUUGCUAUUUAUAGAUCAUUUUUUUAAGAACAUUAUAUUUCUAUGUUGUAAUUACAAGACAGAAUUUGGCAGUUUUUUUUUUGUUUUUUUUUUGUCCUGGACAAGUGACCGCGUUGGUGCUACUGACCACAGGCCUAAGGAAUCCCGUCCUUGUGGCCGAGACUGACAAGAGUGGAGGAUGCAGGACGGAUAGAUUUGCAGUAGAUGGACAUUUUCUUGUGAGCACCGACAAUGUUUCAGAUAGUCAUCCACUUUUCAAAUGACCCAAGAUUCCUGGUUGGAGGCGAUUCAAGUUGAUGCGGUGAGUGUGGAAUGUUACCUCCAAAAGAAGUGAUAUAGCAAGUGUGCAAAUUGGACGCCGUUCAAAAUUUGAAUAGAGUCACCUCAUUGCAAUGCGUAUAACUUCCUUGUGCCUGUGACCUUACCCAGUUUGAUGCUCUUGUUUCAAUUACGUAUUACCUGCCUUUACUUGUGUGCAGAAAACAGAUUGAAAAAUGUUAAGAACGCACGCUAAUUUCUCUCUUUUUUUUUUUAAAGAUGCCAUAUCGUAUUGCUGUAACUCACCAAAUGUCUUGAAUGUAAUGUUGCUAUUUGUGCCACAAGCUGCUGCCGGAUACGUAUUUUAAGAAAGAAGGACUAUGUGCACGCUCUUUGAGCACAAGUCCCUCGGUGCUGGAGUGCAUAUUUCAGAUGGCGUUCCAUAUUGUCGAGAUUUGCAGUCACUGUGCUCAAUUGGGUAGCCUCGCAGCUUGGAGUAGAGCACCAUCUAGUGUUUUAAAAGUGUCACCCAAGACAAGAAGCAUGUGAACCGAGUUGUCUGUCAGUCAACUCUUAACAUUCCUUUAAUUGAAUAAAAUGAAUUUCAGCAAUGGA